AUCACACAGUCACAUUCUGGCUCCAUCAGUCUUCGCUGUACAUUCCAUUGAUUCAAACCACUUAAUCCUCCCACUUUAGCGUUAGUUAACCUCACAGUUACGCCGUUUGUUCUUUCACAGUUGUCGUCAUAUGGCAUAUAUUAUUCUGGGGCCAAGUUUUGGACUCCAUUGACUGCAGCGGUCUUUCUAGAUCAAACCGCAUUUCCAUACAGAGAUUUCCAAUCCACAUCCGCCGUUAAGGUGUAUGUUUCAUAUUAACACUAUAUGCAUUUAUAAACUUACUCGCUAUAAGCACUAUAAGCAUCCUUAAAUUGAUAUGAAAUAUAUUUCAACACAAAGGCUGGGCUUUCGGCAGAAAGUUAUUUUAUGGUUAUUUUACGGCUGGUUCUUAUAUCAAUUUAAUAUUAACUUAUCGCUUUUUGCUUAUUUUUCUACGGGUGUUAGGCCUAUAUUUCAUAUUGAAUUUAAUAGUGCACUCCGUUAUGUCUUGUAUUUCUCAGAAAUAAGCAGCUUUAAUUAUCAUUUGAAAAACAUUUGUCAGGAAUAACCAUCCGUCUUUUAUUGUUUUUAUAGUUUCGUUUUUUGCUGCCUCUUUCUGAGGAAAACGCGUGUUCGAUGUGUAAUAUUGUGUGACCAGUCACUUGCCUGGCUGUAGGCCUAUUAUUUUUAUUGCUCAAAAUGUUUACAUUAACGUUUGCAGCGCAAAGACACAAAGAAAGUAUAAUAUACUUAACUUUGUAUCAUUUAAAGGUUUCCGGCUUAAAAUAUUUCUGCAAUAGGCCUACGUUUAAACUUUGCGAUGUGUAUUUGUUUACGUUCUUCAACAAAACCGUAUAAUUUUUUAUAAUUUUAUUUGACGACUAACGCGUAUGCAAUCGCAAAUGACCUAUUCGAAUAUAUUGUGCGCAAUGCAAUCUUUUGUGUAGAUUUCUCAAUAAAGUACCACGAAAUAUUGAUUCUUACAUAAUGAAAAUAAAAGAGAUACUUCGUGUAUGCUAUCUGUGAUUGAAAUACAACGAUUUGGAGUAAAGGGGAUAAGAAUUCUAAAAAUAUAUGAAUUGUGCAUCGAUUUCCUGUUGUCGGUGUGUUAAAUACGAAUCCGUAUUUGUUUUGUCCUCCAGACGUGGCACAGCGAACGACAACGUUGUAUUUGGAUCAAGUCGGGGAGCGUACGAAUAUGGAUCCAACAUGUUCUACCAGGAGAAGGAUGUUCUUCCCAGCUGCGGGCAGACUGGCGUGGGGCUGAAUACACAGGGACAAGACUGCAGCUUAGAGCAAGUCCGCGCGGCAGCACAGGAACAGAAAGGAAAUAUCCAGAUAUAUCCAUGGAUGCAGAGAAUGAACUCGCACAGUGGCGUCGGGUACGGGUCAGACAGGCGAAGAGGGCGUCAGAUUUACUCUCGUUAUCAAACUCUAGAACUUGAGAAGGAAUUCCACUUCAAUCGAUACCUAACCAGGCGCCGGCGUAUUGAAAUCGCCAACGCUCUUUGUCUAACAGAAAGGCAGAUCAAAAUCUGGUUUCAAAAUCGCCGCAUGAAAUGGAAGAAAGAGAGUAACCUAAGCUCAACUCUAACGAGUAGCAUAUCAGCUGGGGUGUCCCAGGAAACAGAGAAAGAAGACAUUGAAGAGGAGGCAGAUGACGCGAAGAAGAAGGACUGAAACCCGGCUCCUCGUAUUCCAUGUAUCGCUUAAUGUAGCUGUAAUUGAACUCGCUAAGACAAAAUUUUUGGGACAUACAUAACUUGUAACUGCAUGGACGUUGUAUACUUAUAUAUGACCCUUUGAGUUUUCUCUUCAUCCUCCACUCUCUCGCUGUCUCUCUCUGAUCCUACAAGCUCUCACACGCAUUUGCACUUAUAUUAAAUUCUGAUACAAUAUGCCUUGAAAAAAACCCUUUGGACGGCUCCUACUGUGGAAAUAAUUCUACUGCUGACUACUUCACAUGUUUUCACGUGUAUUUUAGUAAAGACUUUUCUUUUUAUUUUAUUCAACUACAAUGGCGCUGUCGCUCCAACGUGUCUGUAAAUAAAUGUCCUUGUGUCUGUCGAUAAGUUUGUAUUUCUGAUGAAAAUCCAUCGUGUGUAAAACACACGCAUGAUCAUUCCGAGAAUGAAGGCGUGAAUGCUUUACAUUUCCUGUGAAACACGAGUAAUUUCAUGUUUUCGUAUAUUGUGUAAGCAAUGCAAUUUGUUGAAAUGUUGAAAAGUUUGUCACGGGACGGUCUAUACUACCUGAACUGUACAUAAGUCUGUAUAUAUGAAACACACUCCCCACCCGUGAGAUUCGACCAUAUUAUUCAGGUUCUCUUAAGACGUUAAUUAUGCUGUACUGAGUUAAAAUGUGAUACAGUACAAUAUCGCACUCUUACUAAUGCCAAAAUUCACAAACAAAACUACCUUGAAAUUAUAAUCUUAUGGUGUUAUUCAGUAUUUAAUAAAACCAUUAGAAUCCCA